CCAGGGCGGCGCAGACCGGCCCAGCGACUCUCGGGCAGCGCUGGGACGCGCCGCCGCCGCGCCCGCCCCUGGACCCCCCGGGCUUGACGACACGAGGUAAUCGUGGGCGCGGGCCGGGGGAGUGUGCACCGUCCUGGGCGCGGAGGGUGCGCGGGGCCAAUCCGUAGGAGGCUGGAAAGUUCGGACUUCUCGGGUGGUUUUGUCACGUUGCGGGACGGUUCAGGGCACCAAAACCGAAGGGUAACGCAGUAUACUGGGACGCGAGCAGAGGUGCCCAGGGCCGUUUGCGGCAUUCCUGCGCGGGCAGCGGAAGGGAAGGGACCCCAGGGCCUCUCGGCGACGCCAGCGCGGGAGCGGGAAGCUGGGGGGUGGGGGGAACGGACGAUGGGGACAGGGCACCCUGCCCCCUCCCCAGCUGCAUUCCAGGCUGGAGCAGCGGAUGAGGUCAUCCCGUCCGGUUCCCUUCUGGCCACGGCAGCCGCUGCCCUCUGCCCGCGCCGGACGGGAGCGAGAGACUCUCCCAAAGUCUCUCUUAUGAGAUUCCCAGAAGGGGAUGUUUCCUGGUUGAAGUCUUUCCUGGACUUCCCAUCCCAACUGAUUGUGCUCUUGUCCCAACUCACCAAGUUUGAAGGCCGUUUUUCUAAACUGGGAAACUGAGGCUGAGAGAGCACAGCGGUGGAGGGGGAGCUGCCUAGCCUUAACUUGGGGUGCUGGGGCAAGAAGACGUCUUAGUCGGUAGUGUCACACACAAUUUAAUACCGCCACCACUUGGGAAACUGAGGCAGGACGGUCAUAAUUUCGAGAUCAGCCUGGGAGAUAUAUAUCAAGACCUUUUCAACAACAACACACACGUCUUUCCUCCCACUUUCCAGUGGCUCCCUUCUGUCCUACCGGCUCAAUGAAGUUCAGAGAAGCCUGAAGUUCAGAAAAGUCUGAUCUGGGACGGUGACUCUGGGCAGUUUGUCUUAGUUUCCCUGUCUUCCACCCCAAAGUGCUGGGCUUUGAGGGGAUGUCCCUGGAGGACUUCUAAUCCCAAAUGUCACAAAUUGGGGAAAAUAGGAAGCAACAAAAUCCCGCAGUUUCAGUGUUGCUAUCAAAGAGCCACUGUACCCACACUUCCCCUCCAGCGCCCCCAGCAGGCUGUCCGGGAGGUGGGGCUCUGCACACCUGCCUGAGGGUGUGUCUGGGUACUCCAAGGAGCAGCGCUCUGCUCUUCUCUGCUCCCUCUCCUUCCCCACCAUCAGAGUGGCUUCUCUUACCCCACUUCCUUGCCUUCACAUCCACUCCGUUGGCCUCUGAGUGAGUGGAGUGAGUGGAGCCGGCCAAUGCCCCAAAACUUGUCCCUGUGGUCAUUACUACUGAGGGAGCCCUGGCCACGUGCCCAGACCAUUGCACAGUAAAUAAAGAGUUAUGUGGGAUACUAAGCCUCACCAGGGCCACUCAUGCCCUGGUCACGGAUGCUGAAGUGCAGAGCCUGAUUCCCAUUCCUCUCAUGCUAGCUUCCCCUUAGCUACUACCUUCACUCAGAGGGCAAGGCCAUUCUGCCAGUGUUGGUAAAAUGUCAGCUCCAUGGUUCACGCUGUUUUUGUUCUGUGAUCUGGGUCUCUUCACCCAACCCCCAUGUAAAAUGGGAGCCGGGAACCUUUACAGGGGCGAUUGCCUGGGCCUUUGAGACGCGAAGGUUCCAGUACCUUAGAUCCGGGUCAGGCAGGGCGACCGACCUAAAGGCCAGCAACCGUCUGUGGUUAGCACCACUGGAUAGGUAGGUGGCUGGAAUGAAAGAUGCCCCUUACUCAUGAAAUGUUGGAUUUGAACCCAGGCCUGCCCCACUCCAGGAUGGGAGAAGCGAGUUUCUCCAUCUUCUGCCCCCUCCUCCCUUCUCUGGCAGAGGCUCUUAGACCUGCUUUCUCCAUGGGAAGACAGAAACAGUAGCCGAAGUUGAGCCAGGAAGCUCUGUCUCAGUAGAUGGGUGUAGAGGAUGCUAUCUAGAGGUGUCCAGAGGCAUUUGGGAGGUGGCUUCAUCACAUGGGUAGUCAGGGAGUGAGAUGGGGACAGGACCCCUCUCCCUGGAAGACACUCAGAAGUUAGAGGAUCUGGUGGAGGAGGGUACCUACCACGUUCACAUGGUAGGCACAGUGGACCCUUCCACGUGCCAGUUUGCAGAGUGAGCCCUAUGCUACUCCACAACUCCUUUCUCCACAGACUAGUUUUUAUAGGGCUGGGAAACCUGGCCAGUGUUUACCUGCCACGGGACCUUGGGUGAGUCUGUUCCCCAGGCCAUGUCAGCCUUUGUAGCCUGAGCCAGCCUUCCAGCCUCAAGGGGGUGUUGGAGACUCAUCUGAUGACAUCAUGUCAUUGGUCGGCCCACAGCAAAGCAAAGUGCUUUAUAACUUCAGCAAACAUUCCACAGGGGACCUCUCGGUGCUGGGGGUGCCAGGGAAAGGGAUGAUUCAGAAGUCGCCCCCCCUCCUGGGGGGGAGGGGGAGGAGCUAGGGUUGGAGGAGGAUCCGGUGGUAGGACGGAAGAGAAUGCAGUCCCAAAACAAAGCGAGCUUUGUCCAGUUCUCCUCUUUGUUUUAUCUUGUUAGUUAACCUAUUUUGAAUUUCAAAUAACAUUAUAGAAGGGCUCGCACUGAGAAUUUUUAUGCUUGCAGGCGGCAGCUAGGGCUGAGAAAUUAAAAAAAAAAAAAAAAAAAAAAACAAGCCAAUAUUGAAACUCAGGUCUAGAUCUUUAUCAGCUGAGCAGGUGUGUGGAGGUGACUUGCCCAAGGUCACAGGGUGAGGACUCUUGAGUCCCCAGCCUAUUCUACCCCCCUCAGAAGGUGCCAGGAGGUAGUCCUUUGGCGGGAAGGUUAUCUCAGCUAGUGAUUAGGCCGGCCACGUGCUAAUGCUGGGAGGGAGGGAGGCAGGAAAAUCCAGGCGUCGGUCGCUCCACCCUCAGCCUGCUCAGGGAAACAAGACUGGGCCCCGAAAGUCGGCGAGGGCUUAAGUGAGUCAGAGGCUCCGAGUUCAAGUUGGGACUAGCUUUUUGAUGGGACCUUGAGCAAGCGUGGCCCUCACUGGGUCCCAGAAAAAUCAGAGUUCAGUCUACAGGAUUCCCAAAGGCUCUCCAACCGCCUAGGGAAGGAGAAGAGGGGACACCGAGAGACCAGCUGAGACGGUCUCCACUCCAGGGUAGGGACCAACCUUUUUUAAGGCCCUUCUCCUGCCGCCUUUGAUCAGCCUCACUAGGACCAGAAGCAGAGAGAGAACCCACAGACUCCCUCAGCCUCAGCACUGGGGACAGCGCCUUAGUAAAGUCAAGGGUGGCCUUGUGCUUCGCCAUCUUCAUUGAGAGGAAGGGGCUGAGAAGGAUCCCUGAGUCCAGCCUGCCAUCUUCCCUGGCCCCAAGGUGGCAUGGACUAGCAGUUGUAAGCAAUCAAAGCUGAUGCCCGGUCCCCAGGGGGGCACAGGAGCCCCCACCAUGAGCCUGGGCAAGCUGUCUCCUGUGGGAUGGGUGUCCAGUUCCCAUGGAAAGAGACGCCUGACAGCAGACAUGAUCAGCCCCCCACUUGGGGACUUCCGCCACACCAUGCACGUAGGCCGCGGUGGGGAUGUCUUCGGAGAUACGUCCUUCCUCAGCAACCACGGAGGCCGCUCUGGAAACACCCACCGCUCACCCCGAAGUUUCCUGGCCAGGAAGCUCCAGCAGGUGCGCAGAGUCGGGGUGCCACCUCGAAGGACGGCUUCCCCGGCUGCGCCGUCACCUGCUCCACCUCCCAUCUCGCCCAUCAUCAAGAACGCCAUCUCCCUGCCUCAGCUCAACCAGGCCACCUAUGACAGCCUGGUGGUGGGCAAGCUUAGCUUUGACAGCACGCCAGCUAGCUCCAUGGAUGGCCACUCUGGUUACGGCCUGGAGUCUGGCUUCUGCACCAUCUCACGCCUGCCACGCGUGGAAAAGCACAGCAACCGUGACCGUGACCGUGACCAUGACCCGGACCAUUCUCAAGACCGAGAGCAAAGUCCUUUCCCCUCUGAGCCUACCCCUAACCCUGAGCUCCGACGCUCUGACUCUCUCUUGUCGUUCCGUUUUGACCUUGACCUUGGGCCCUCACUCCUCAGUGAGCUGCUAGGGGUCAUGAGCCUUUCAGAAGCCCCAGCCGCUGAGACCCCAGUCCCUACUGCCAACCCCCCUGCUCCUGCAGCAAACCCUACCCCUACUGCAAAACCCCCAGCCCAUGUGAUAACCACUCUAGAUGCUGUGACAAGCCUUCCAGCCUCUGCUGUGACAAGCCUUCCAGCCUCUGCAGCAGCAAGCUCCCCAUCCCAUGGACAUUUCCCCAAUGGGGUAACUUCUGUGUUGGGCCCUGCGGCUGAGGUAAAGCCCAGACCUGUGGGAGAGGGUCCCCAGGUACCCUCCAACAUGGCCUUUGACAGGCGUGGAACCAGCUGGGGGGCCAGCCGGGCCAGCUGGGGGGCCAGCCGGGCCAGCCGCCACUACACUGAGAUGGAUGCCCGGCGGGAGCUGGCAGGGGUGUUACCCCAAGUUCAUGGCUCCUGGGAGAGUCUGAAUGAAGACUGGAGCACGCCUCCAGCCAGCGUCAGGGCUCCUGUGCCCAGCUCGGUGCAGGUCAAUGCCUUUGAGUUUGCUGAUGCUGAGGAAGAUGACGAGGUCAAGGUGUAAGGGACUGGCCAUGGACUCCAGGUCCUGUCAGCCUCAGGGCUCACAGAACAGAGGGGCUGAGUUCAUUUGCCUAACAGCUACAAGACGUGGUCGAUGGGAGUUGCCAGACCUUGCAUAGACCAGAUCCUUCCUGGUCUAUGCAAGGCAGGCAUGGGUCCCCGCUGACCUGACCCAGCUCCCUCCACUCUCCCUAGGCCCACUAGCUCUUCAGUUAUAACCUACACCACCCCCUGUGGUCUGACAAGUAUGGCCUUUGUGCCCCAGGACGCUUCCCGUGGGGGGUUGGGGGUGGGGCAAGGACCACACAGGGCCAUUGUCUGUGAGUGGGACUGGCUGCCCCUACUCAUUGAGAGCUACCGUAGAAGGCCUCCUCUGUGUUCUCAGUAGCGCGAUUCCAGGCUCCUCCUCAGUUCCCAGAGAAAGGUCAGGCGUGACACAGGAACAAAUCUUCUGUGUACCCCAGACCUGCCCCAGACCUGAUGGUUAAAUCUUCUCUGUUAAGAUCCGCCUGCCCAAGGAGGCAGGCGCGGCCCCUGCUGACCUGUGCUUUCUACUCCUGAGAGUUUGGAAAGUUGAGGACCCCCUUCUGGCGCCCCCACUCUAGCUAGGAGAGAAGGGGGGGCCAGACGAGCUAAUGAGUAACCAACCUGGAAUGUUCAAUGAUAAGAAGCCCAGGUGGGACCCUUAUCUGCAGUUCCUGGAACACCCCGGCCCCAGGUGCCAGGAACUGGUAUGUGCCCCAUAAUCCCAUGGGGCCGCUUGGCAGGUGCUCAGAUCACCGGGAGGGAGACAGGUCCCCAUGCAGAGGGUGGCUCAGGAGCACCUCCCAUCCUCUCUUCUCAGCAGUACUAUACCCCGUGCCUCAGUUUCCUGCCCCCUCCCCCCCCCCCAUACCAAAGCCGGGGGUGGGGGGUGGGGAGGAGCAUUAACAUGCGUGGAAAAUGCUAACAGUUCUUGCUGUGGAAAUAAUAAAUGUGGAUUCUUUUAUUUGA